CGGCGCGGGGGACGCGGGCGGGAGGCGGCGGCGGCGGCGGCGGCGGCGGGGUCGGCGAUGGCUUUCGAGGCGCUGGCGGAGGCGGCGGAGCGGUGGUGCGCCCGCACGCCCUUCCAGCUCAUCGCCGCCGAGGAGACGGAGCGGCGCAUGGACUUCUACGCCGAGCCCGGCGUCUCCUUCUACGUGCUCUGCCCGGAGGCCGCCUGCGGCGACAAUUUCCACGUGUGGAGCGAAAGUGAGGACUGCUUACCUUUUCUGCAGCUCGCACAGGACUACAUCUCCUCCUGUGGGAAAAAGACACUCCAUGAAAUAUUGGAAAAAGUCUUCAAAUCCUUCAGGCCUUUACUUGGGCUUCCAGAUGUUGAUGAUGAUGCAUUUGAAGAAUAUAACGCAGAUGUGGAAGAAGAGGAGCCAGAAGCCGAUCACCAACAGAUGGGUGUCAGUCAGCAGUGAUUUUCUGAGACGCUAUAAAAAAAUUUGGAAGCCUUUGGUACCAGGAGCCGAACGUGUUGAGCCCUGCUCCUGAACUGAAGCAUGACCAAGCAGCACUGAGAAUAAACUGGAAUUUUAUACAUAAAAAAUUUAAUUUACAUGUAAUAAAUGUGAAUGAGCAUUAAUAUAGAAUGUAUUUUAUCAAAAAAUAUUGAUUCCUUACUUUGACCAAAUACAUUUCUGUAUUACUGUGUUACUUUUCCAUACUUGCCAAAUGAUGCAAGAGGUGUGGAGCUGGUUUGGUUGUACUAUGGCAUGUUUUUGUAUUUCAUUCAUAUUUUAUUUUUCCCUCCCUCCUACCACAUAUUGCAGUAGGUAGCCAUUCAGUAAUUAAUCAGGGGUAGUAUGACCCUGUGACUAGGCUGCCAGACUGAGACACGAGAUUUGCCAACACAUGCAUAAAUGCUUGCAGACCUGGGUACUCGGUGAGAUGUGGGUUUGUAGCUCUGCCAUUGCCUUGCCCUGAGCUUUAGGUGGGUCUCAGACUCUGAAAAUUCAGUGCAGGCCUCCAGACCUCAGAAAAAUUUAGCAGGAGCAGGGUAACUCCCUUGAAAGUCCCACCUUAAGCCUUUUCUAAAAAAGACUGUUAGUAUUAUUUGUCCAGCAGUGUAUAUAUAAAUGCACUUUAGGUCUGUGGGUGAACAGAGAUAUGCAUUAUCGUUGCCUAUCCUCAGAGCAAACCAGUAAUGAAAGGACACAGAAGGGUUUCCCUUUCCCCUCGGCCUUUCUUGUGGGCAUUUCGUGCUCUAACUAAAUAUAAAUACAGCAGAGCAGAGCCUCUUGCAGAACUGGUGCUUCUGAAUAUGAGUUGCAUGAGUGCAGUAAGCAGAGUGCUGCUUGGGUGAUGAGAAAUACAUGGGAUGCCAGAUGGAAAGACAGAUUUCAGAACUGUGAAAGUGCAGGGGCAAGAGUGAGCAAAGCCCAUUCAGAGAGAUAGAUGCUGAUACUUCUGAGACAGCCAAAGCCAUCCUGCCAAGUAUCUGCAUAUUGAACCCAUGCAGUUUAUCAAAAAGCUCCUCUGGAGACACUACUGAGGCCUUGAGCUUAGGUGUGUUUUCCUGUUAGUGUCCUCCUGUCUGAUUAAUGCAUUGAGAUGGCUGAGGGAGGAAAGGAUAGAGAAGGCAAACUGAAAAGCCUAUUCCUUUUCUCCAGUAUUAUGAUAUUGUGUGAGCUGGUAGGAGCAGCAGUCAAGGUGCAGGAAGCUCCUUUUUUAGGUGCAUAGUAACAUCUUUUUAAAAGGACUUGCUUAUGAGAGAAGAAAAUUGUUCAGAGUGUUAUCUCACAGAAACGGGGGGAAUAGCUCACCCCUGAGCAUGAUGACCUGAGCCCUUACCAGACUUCAGCUCCACCUCCUGCCCUGCUCCCAGCUCUUUUCCAGGAAGUUUCCCUCCAUGCAUAGUGCCAUGCCUUUGAAAAUCUCAUGCAUGUCAGCUGCUGCAUCUUGUGACUGUGUCCCACGGAAGAUGUGCUGUGUGGUAUGGUGGCUGGGGGCAGAGAAGAGGAGUUUCUGCUGCAACAUUGCUGAGUAGGUCCCUGCCCUUUACUCCUCUGCAAGGUGGGACAUGAGACUGUGACAGUAAAAACGAUUGCAAUAAUAUUGUGGACGUUGUUUUGGAAAGCUGCCAUUCAAGACAUGUUCCCAGCCUCUUUCAGCAUCUUUUCUGAUCUUUGUCUGGGAUCCAGGGCUGAUGUCUAUGCCUGUUUUACUCAGUGUUAGCUUUAGCAGUGGCAGGAGGUGAGGUUGCAUCUUUACCCUGUGUCCAUACUUCCCUUCUGUCCGUCCUUACCAUUCUGUUCUUCUCAGAAGUUUUCACUCCCAGAAGAAGGGAAGCAUAGGAAGGAGGAGAGAAGCACCUCUUACACCCCACAGCUCGAAGCCAGGUGCAUCAGUGGAGCUGCAGUUCAGCACAGUGUGAGUCACACUGUCCUUUCUGUACAGGAGAAUGAGGUGGCAUGGGAGAUGUGUUAUCCCUUGAGGACCCUUGGGUGGUCCAUGCCAGACAGGGGUUGUGCAGAAGACAGCAGUCAUUCAUGUGCCAAAUCCAGUAUCUUUUCACAAGCAGUUAUGUCUAGCCAGAUAAUCCAGUCUCUGAAAAUCAUAACCAUUGUGACUCUCCAGGUUGGACAUCCAGAAAAUGAGACUUGUCUGGUUGCCUUGGUCACUGGGAGGUCUCUUUCUCUGCUGGCUGUUUUCAGUCUGGCCAGAGGACAUGGGAAAUUGGGAAAGAUCCCUUCAGGGGCAUUAGCUGGAUGCCCCUUUCUGUAAAUUGCUGAGCAGAGGCAAAUGCUUUGUUUUAUGUGUUUAAUUCUGGCAGGACCUCCCCUCCUCCGCAGCAGCCUGUCUCUGCAGCUGCAGCUGGGAAAGCUUUGUGUGAGAGCCAGGCAGGAGUGACUCAGGGCAGCAACUCCUAGACCCUGUAACAGGCUGGACUUGAGGUUGUCCUUGCAGGGUAACCAUGGAGCUGAAGGCUCAGGGGACAUCACUUCCAAUGCAGAUAUUUAAAUAGAGUCCUCAAAUUUGGUCCUUAGAGGGCAGACCCUGUCACUUUGGGGUUUUAUUGGACUUCUGAGACUUAGUUGCGCUGUGGUGUCUGAAGUCUGUGGCAGGUCGGCAGAGGAAACCUCUUCACUUAACCACAUUUAUUUGUUCAGUGAGCCAAAUUGUCUUUUACAUUAUCUGUGUUUGACUUUUUUCUCAUUGCUGAUUUUUUUUUUCUUAAAGAAAGACAGCCCCUAAAGGCACAUCUGCAUUAUUGCAAACCCCAUUUUUUACAGAGCUGCUUAGCACUGCACUGUCAGUGCGAGCUUGGACAUUAAAAAAAAACCCAAACCAGAUUAACAAAAAGGGUCUUCAUUUGUCUACAAGAAAAAAAACCAAACUUCUUUGAACUAGUUAUUGCUGACUAUAAUGAAGCUUACUGGUUUCAUGUAAAAUACAUUGAAUUUUAAAAUUCCGUUUCUGUACCAACAUGCUGUUGCUCAUGUAGGCAAAGAUCUGUGGUAACACUGCAUGUAAAGGAAGCUUUCAUCUUUAGGGGUGGUAGAAGUGUCAGCUCUGGAUUUCAGUCAAUGUAAUUCUUUUGUCAAGUUUUCCUUUACUAAUGCAGGGACAAGUCAGCCCUCAACACACCAAGCAGAAAUAAUUUUGUGCCAUGCCAUUCCAAGGCUGUCUUGGGUGUGGUUUCCACCAUUCUUCUGGCUGGAAGACCUCUCUGUCUUUGGGACUAUUAAGCUGUGAAAGGAGUCAGCAAAAGAAGUUACCCUUUUGUUCAGCACUUUCAAAGGUGUAAGCCUUCAGUGGAGCACUGCCUGCCUUCUGAUCCUCCUUACUCGUCCACCACCAAGGUGUCAAAUCCAGCAGUGUCAUUACACCACGAGCUUCCCAUUAAAGAGCUUACCAAACUUUGAUGAC